CUCUCUUUCAGCAUCUAAAAUAAUCCAUCAGAAAGGUGUAGACAUACCUGCACACACAUAUUUAUUAAUAGCUGUAAUCCAGGCGAAAAGCAUAAAUCUUUUUAUUUUUACGCAGACACAUUUAAGGGGGAUUACGCACGGUGUUCAAUGAUGGAGCUCGUUAAACUUGUUCUAAUAGUUGUGCUGCUUCUGACAACUGCUCUCUCUCAAGAAAUGGAUGUUGACAACUGGAGAGAAGACAUCGAAGAGGACACAUGGCCAAACUCUGAUGUGAUUCAAGAUAUUUUUGUGAGAAUGACCAGAAAACCAGGACCACGCCAAUAUCUCGGACUAAUGGGGAAGAAAGACUCCGGGCAUAGAUUUCACACCUUUGUGGGUCUGAUGGGUAAAAGGAGCUUUGAAGAUCAAGGUGUGAUACUUCCAACUGUGACACUGAAUAUACUGAAGGGCGAUGUGGGUGAAAAUCUGCGUGGUAACCGCUGACUUCAUCCCCGUAGGAGCAGUGAGCUGCACAGAAGAUUGAGCAUCUGCGAUUGUUUUCUUACUUUGUUUAAUUUCAGGACUGUUUUUUUCUUGCAUUCGGUCAGUCUAUCAUCGUUUCAUCAAAAAUGUCACAUUUAACAGUCGAGUUUAACACAGUUGUCAAUGCUGAGAACCUUUUAGGCAAACAGCGCUGUCUAGUGUUCAAAUAAAAUGGUCUGAAAAUGUUAAAUGUAUGACUAAAAUAA